AAGCUCCGGGUUAUGAUGAGUAUUGGAGGGUGGUUGUGUGUGAUCUGUGGUCUGGCAGGGCGUGCUGCUGGGCGCCGUGGUCCGUGGUCCGUGGCCGGCGCUAGGUCGUCGGUCGUCAGUGGUCAGUCCAGUGCUCGGCGGCGCGCGGGUCGCCCGUGUGUCAUGUUGUCUCUCGCGUUGCUGCUCUGCGCGCACGCUUCAGUUGGUUUUGGAGACAUCGAGCGAUCCCAUUAUGAUACCAGAAGUGUGAGAGCGUCGGGUAAGUCGUUAGCGGAGACAGAGUCUGGUUGUUACUACGAAGGCUCCUGGUUCGUGGCGGGGGCGGCGGUGAGGACCCGUGAAGCCUGCUUGUCCUGUGCGUGUGCUCGGGGCGCUCUCUCCUGUCGCCGGCGCUCCUGUGCUACCCCGCCAGAACCUCCAGUACAGUGCUCCGUGGUUCACCGACGAGGAGAGUGCUGUCCUGAACUCCACUGUCCAAAUAGAAUAACUUACUUGGAUGAUGCAGCAUCAACAAGAUCUGAGAAUUCAUAUAUUGAUAUGCCGUCUUCCAUCGGUCAUGUGUAUCCAGCCUGCGUGGAAGGAGGCACGGUGUACGCGGCGGGGUCUGCGAUGACCUCCAGCCUGGCCUGCGAGCAGUGCUUCUGUUUGGGCGGCAGGAGACGCUGCGUGAGACCCCGCUGCCUGCCGCCGCCCCCCGGCUGCUCGGCCCGCCCUUCCUCAGGAGCCUGCUGUCCACAACGAUAUUAUUGUCUACAUGGAGAUAAUAAGCCUCCCAUUGAAACUGAUUCUCAUGAUUGUUUAACCCCUACUGGUAAAUGGAUUCAGGAAGGCGGCCGAGUCAAGGAAUCUGAAAGCUCAGAUUGUGUCCAAUGCUUUUGUCUUCAUGGUUCCAUCCGUUGUCAGCAUCUGUCAUGUGCUCCGAUGUUACACGGCUGUAAACCCCUGGUCCAACCUGGACAAUGUUGUGCCCAUCAAUACAUGUGCGAUCAUAACAGAAAUGGAACAACGUUAAAAAAUUUGAGUCAAGUCCGACAAAAUGUACUUUUACCUUUGAAAGAGGAAAUUCGAUCGUUUCAUACUUCAAAAUCAGCUAAGAGAGAGACCACUCUCAGAGCAAUGGAGUCUGUAAGCGAAAAAAGUACCGCUGCUGUGACGGUUACUAAAGAAGAACCUAUUAAAAGUACUGUAAAAGUAAAAAGAAAAAUAGAUGAAAAUUUGAGUAAUGACACAGUGGCAUCAGAAAGAGUUGAUACAACCAGAGUGAUGGGAGUGGAGACCACCCAAAAUAAUAAUGACAUUACGUCAACUACCACUCCCGAACCCACUACUGAGGCGACAGAAGAAUUAAUGACAGAACAACCCGAAGGAUCAGUGAGAGUUAUAAUAAAUGGCACCAUCAACUGUACCGCGGAACUAUCGUCAACGUCUUUGUUCCUAAAUGUUACUAACACGAAUGACACGAUCUGGAUACACAACGAUGUGCAGCCUCGCAUACCACUCAUAGAUCAAAUAGAGAACUUGGACCACACAUUCCCCCCAAGUGAUAUUAUUACGGAGGGGAACCACGAUGCUAACUUUGACGAAAACGAAACCUUUACAGUAAAUGUAACUUCUUCUCUUCAUACUAACAGCACUCGUACAACACUAUCGACCGUAUCGUCGACAGCUCUCCCUAAAACGAUCCUCCCAGCCUUAAUCGGAGCUGUUAAUAUUUCUAAAACAAAGAAAAACGAGUAUGAUUACGAUUAUACGGAACCUACGCUGCCGCCGUCGUUACCUAAUUUGAAGAUCAUUCCAUUUGUAGCUGCUGACGCGGUCGUUGAUAGUGAUAUGUCACCUAAAGAAAUGUCCAACUAUCCACCUUUAACGAAAGAUGACAAAUUUCCAGUUUACUAUCCGUCUAAAGACUCGAAAGAGACAGUUUAUGAAACGCACAGAGAGGACGUUUACAAUUUAACGCAUUAUUCAAUGUUUGCUCCUGCAAAAAAUGAACCUCAAUAUCCGGGCAUAGUACAGGAUGAAGAUGAUGUCAAUAUCGCUUAUCCGAGAUUAUCUGAUGACGUAGGCUCAGACGUCCACGAGUACACAGUAUCUGCAUCUUUCGGGAAUCCCAGCAAAAUAAGUUCCAGCAUCGUCAGCGAACCGAGUCUAACAUCAAAAUUUGAUAUGAAGUCCCCAGAUGUAAAUUUAUUUUCACCUCCUGUAGAAACAGAAGGAGGUUUCGUUCCCAAAGACCCGGUGCUCAUUGAUGACUACUACACGCCAUAUCAAAGUACCUCAUCUGCAAUCAUACCUCACUUAACAACGUCCAUGCCAUUGAAUACGAAAGAUGAAUGCCUAUCAGACGAUGGUCGACCGGUGCCUGAGGGUGAGUCAAUCAAUAUUGAAUGUUCCAUCUGCUCCUGUAUGUGGGGAGAACUUCACUGCUCUCCGCGACCAUGUCACACGCCACCUGGCUGCAAAAGACUGAUGAUUAAAAAGAACAAUGUUGACUCAUGCUGCGGAAAAUUAAUUUGUGAUCAAGAUGACAAUAUUCCAAAGGUUUCUAAUACAUCUACUCCAGGUUUUCAAGAGAGUUUUAACGAAACAUUUAGCACAAUAUUUGAAGAUAAAAACAACAUAAACGUCACCCAAAAAGAACAUCCAACAGUUGAUGAGGACGUAAAUAAUGACAAUAAAACAAUACACAAUGUGACGGAAAACCACACGUUAAUAGAUACUUUAUUUGACAAAACAACGAAAUCAUCAGUUAUAAGUGGGAUUACUUUAAAUGCUACAACAACGGAAACAGUAAACAAAUUCUCUACGAGUAGCAGUCACCCUUCAGACUAUGAAGAAGAAGAUGAUGAGGACGAAGGAUUCUCUCUGGGAAGUGUUUUAAAACUCUUGUUGAGUGAAACGUACGACACGACAACUUCUGCCCCUAAGAAGAAACCGCCGACCACAACUCAUAUACCAAAAGUAGUUUCAACUACAGCAGCGACCACGACAACGAGGAAACAGUCAAAUAUUCCACCGUUUGUUCCUCUAACACAACAUUUCCCUUACAUUCCUCCGAAACAAUCACUUCAUCGAUUCAAUACAGUUGAUAGAAUUGAUCAUUUGGUGUUGGGAGAAGCAAGCGCCAUCAGGACGACCACCACACAGGCACCUGUCACUUACAAACCGGUCACUUACACCACAACCAAAAAGAUUUUCACUACCAAACCCACUCAGAGGCCGGUCAUCACAAAGUCCGUUGAAAUUAACAGCAAGGAAGGCUUUGUAAGUCAAUCGGUAGAAAAGCGUCCUACCUCUAAUCUAUUCUCCGGGUUCGGUCUGGGUUUACCGAAACUAGCCGGCUGUAAUAUCUAUGGACGAAUGUACCGGGUUGGUAGGAUCAUCGCCGAGUUGUCUUCGCCGUGCCAAGAAUGUAAAUGCACCGAGGUUGGAGUUCAAUGCCGUUCUUUAGGUUGUUGAGAACCGUUUCUUUUUAACUUAUUCAGAGAUGAACUUACUCAGAAUUGAAAAGUAGAACAAGAAAGCGGACUGCGAACAGUUCUGUACAGAGAAUGGAUCAGUGUGAUUGUUAGCAUAAGAUCGAUUUAGACAAAUAUUUAAUUUUAUAUCUUAGAGAUUAAAUACUUUUAUAUUCAGAAGCAACAGUUUACAGACGUUAGCUUUGAUCUCACAUAGAAAUAAAUCAAAGGAAUUCAUGUUGAAAAUUCAGGUCCACACAUAACAAACUGACUUGCCUCAAUAGAUUAGUGUAUAGAAAAAAUAUAUUUAAUAAUAGAAUUUUAGGAAUUCGAAGAUAAGAAUUGUUUUAAGAAAUUUAAUAAUAAAGGAACUCCCAUGACGAUGAAGUCUUCAGUUUGUUAAAAUUUACAUUAACACAAGUAAAUGUAGAUUGUUAAGAGCCGACAACAGGAACAAGCAUUAUUAUCAAAUGACGACCAGCUGAAGGAAAUCGACAAAUAAAAAAUAUACAU